AUGGCCUCACCUUCACAAGGCGUCGCCAAGGAGGCUAGGCGACCUCGGUGGCAUGCCCCAGAUCUGGCGAGGCCGCCUCCUACAAAGCUGCUGCAGAUCGGAUCUAGAGAACUAGCUCUCGCCCGCCGCCCCGCCUUCUCACAGGCGUUGCAGCUCACGGCCCAGACUUUCCAGAGGGGCACCGCCGCCCACCCUCGCCCGCGAGAUGGGCGCCUCUCCGCCAAGGAGUCCCUGCUCCUCGCCUUUAAAGAUGCUGGGGGUUUUGAGGCCUUGGUCAGCGGGAAGACUACUGAGAUGCAGAGGAUCGAUGUCAAUGAGCGAAUUGUUGUACUUGAACGCCUAAAUCCGACACCACGCCCCACAACGUCGCCGUUUCUGGAAGGUCGAUGGGACUUUGAAUGGUUUGGUGAUAGCAGUCCUGGAGCAUUUGCGGCCCGUCUUUUGUUUGAGAGGUCACCUACAGCUGUUGCACACUUUACGGGACUUGAUGUGUCGAUCAAGGAUGGAUACUCCAAGCUCUCAUCUAACCUCAAGUUUCUAAAUACGAUACAAAGCAAGUUCCUACUGACAACUCAAUUGUCUGUUGAGGGCCCCAUCAGAAUGAAAGAGGAAUACGUUGAGGGCCUUAUAGAGAUUCCCAUAAUCAAUGAAGAAUCAUUGCCUAAACAGUUAAAGGGCUUGCUUGGCCAAACUGCAGGAGCUCUACAACAACUUCCUAGCCCUAUAAAGGAUGCUGUUUCAGAGGGGCUUAAAGUGCCACUUGGGGAGCUAAUUGAUAAUUUUCUGCAGACCACUGCUAACCAGCUGACUGUCUAUGGGUAUAUUUCUAAUAAUCUAUGGUUUAAAUACAUGUUCUCAAUUGAUUAUCUUGCUCAAUUUGACAACACUUCUGGAAACUCUGAUCUGGAGCUAGCUAUAGCACUUCAACAGCAAGAGUUUGAGCGGCAACCACAAAGGUUUCAAGCUCCACCACCACAGCAGCAACAACAAUAA